AUGAAUUACAAGACACGUUUGCUAAUUUUAGCUAUUUGCUUUAUAGCAUUCAUAUCAGCACUAGCUCGAAGGUCAGAUGAACGCCAAACUGGUGAGCAAAUUCUUUUCUCAGGUAGCAAGAAGGAGUUAGAUGCAUAUUUGGAAGAUUGCAAAAAGAAUUAUUUAAAAAUAACCUACCAGGACCAAGAAAAAGCGUCUGAUAAGGAGGUAGUCAUUAGUAUUACCUCUUCGAACGUUACUUCUCAAAAAUUAGACGAUUCACCAACUUACAAGACUUGGAAAGAGAAUCGAAAGUCUACUAAUGUAUCAGAAGAUGAAACAUUUUUAGAGUUUGAGAGUAAAGUUUUGAAUUGUAGACUUUGUCUUAAAGCAAGUGAACAGCAUAAUUUCACGAGUGAUUUCAAGGGUUUAGCAGUGGAAAUGUUGAAAUACCUUGACAAUUGGACUAGAAGAUUAUUACUGCCAAGCAAAAUUAGGAUUGUACAAGCUGAGAAUGCAGAACAGAACGUAUGUGCCUAUAGGGAAAAAUGUAUGGAUGUUAUCAAUCAGGUAGUAUCGAGUUUUAACGAAACACAAAUCGCUUUGCUCGAACAUAUAAAAAUACUGGAGAGACGUAAUGAUCUGUUGGAACAAUUCAUGUCUACCACAAAUACUGUUGGAUAA